AAGGGGAGUGACUGCAGCCUGCCAGUUCAGAAGCUGCUCUGCAGACUUCAAACAGCAAAAGGGAUUCAACAUUUUCCCACUGGAGUUUUGUUUAGUUCCUGUUUUAGUAUUCCAUGAGUGCUGCAAGUGUGCUCACAUCUUUCAGUCCUUCAGCAAUGCCUGGCCCAGUAAUGACAGACGUAGCCAUGAGGUUCUACAUCAGCCACUCUCCGCCUCCUCUCCGAAGCUUUAUCAGCUCCUAUGGGGACCUGCAGAGGGCCAAGAACAGGGUCAACCAGUCCAGCAACCGCAGCUGCAACCAGCAGCUCUACCAACCCCUGCGACCCUGCCUCAGCAGCCAGCGCAAGGCGGCGGACGACAGCAGCCAUGUGGCCUGGUCCAAAAAGAAGCCCACCAAGAAGAGCGUGGUGUUCGCCGACACAAAGGGUCUGUCUCUCACCACCAUCCACGUCUUCUCCAAGUUCGACGACGAGCGGUACCAGAAUAAGCCGGUUGAUAGAAUCACAGAGGAGCUGCAGUUUGAGAUGACUGACCUUGGAACCGCCACCAUGGAUCUAAAGAUCAGCUCGCCGCAAAGCCUGGCGCUCGACUUCAAACAGCCCUCAGCCGACUACCUGGACUUCCGGAACCGCCUGAUUCGGAACUGUGUCUCCUUGGAGAACUGCUCGCUGCAGGAGCGCUCCCUGACCGGCACCAUCAAAGUCAGGAACAUGGGCUACGAGAAGUCGGUGCAGGUGCGCGUCACCUACGACUCCUGGGCCACCUUCACCGAUUACGACUGCACCUUCCUGAACAACGUCUACGGCUGCCAGGACACUGACACCUUUGCCUUUGAGCUGGACCUCCCUGAACGCACCCUGCCACAGAACCGGGUCGAGUUCUGCAUCUGCUUCAAGGUCCAGGGCCAAACCUUCUGGGACAAUAACGAGGGCAAGAACUACCCUCUGAAACACGUCGGCUGGAGCAGAGAGGAGGUGCACAGAACCCCUGUUCCUCAUGAGAAGCCCUCAGAGCAUAAAAUGGGGGGCGGGAAGCUCCAGGAGCUGGAGUUCGAUCAGUUCGGCAGCCCACGCAUGUCCAGCGGACUGUUUCCUGGCUGGCAGAGCUGGGGUCAGAUCGACAACACGGUGCCUUACUGGUGAAAGCUUUAGGAUAUUUGCUGAGCCAACACUGGCAGCCGAUAACAGACACUGACGGGGCAUUCGGUCCAAAGCCAGCUCCAGGUCUGAGCUGGACUGACUCAAAGUACGCUGAAGCAAACAGACGGAUUUUUUUUUAGCUGCAAAGGUACACAAAUCAGACAAAAAGCAGCUCAGCUGACCUGCUUUUCGCUGGAACCGGUCACUGGGCCUGAUGAAUGAUUAAGCUGGAGGAGCAGCAGGGAAAUUCAACUGAAACGUAGUUCUCUAUCGUAGCAUAUUAAUGUGCCUUCUCUUUGUGCCUGCCCACUAAAAUAAAAGACUAACGGUGCACAAGAUAUUUAGAGACUGUUGGCCCCUUUUUGAGGGCUGGAUAGUUAAACAUGCACUGAUUGAGAUGCUCUUCUCAAUGUGACGCUGUAAGCUGAGGGAAACUAAAUCUAAAUGAAUCCUUCAUAUUGAAGGGAAAGCUUAGGGAGUGCAUGGCCACACGAUGCUUCUCCGCUACACAAAACACAGCUGAUUCAUUUUUAAUGAAGCAAAGCACACUAAACCUUCAGCUCCGUGUAAACUUAGAACCUAUGUGAUUCAGAAUCGAGUUGCUUUUUGUAAAAAUGGAGUCAUGCAGCCCUUUCUUUCCCUCCAUGUAAAUUGCACAAGUUUCUCUGGUAAAUGUGUUUGAGUGAUGUAAUUCUGAGGUGAGUUGAUAAAGGAACUGAGCUGCUAUUAAGGUGAUCUGACACAAGAAAGACAAUGAAUGUGAUUGGUUAGCCGCGAAAGGGAGGAAGUUUGGAAACGUGUGAGGUUCCGGGGUACGUGCAGAAAGAAAGAAAUGAUGUCAAGUCUGAAUGUGCUCUUUGUUUUUGUUGUUUUUUAAGUGCAAUUGUUGACGAUGUGUACAGAAUGUAUGAAUGCAAUGGAGACGUUUCUUCACUGAAGCUGUCGUCGUGUUUUAUUUCUCAGUCUGAAGAAAUGUCUACGCCGCGGCAUUUGGAGUCUCACUUUAGUGUUAGUUAUGUGUUUCCUUUUUAAAAAUAAAUUUCUAUAUUUGU